UCGAUUUUGUGCAACUGUGACGGAGCAAGUAACGUAGUGUUUCGCGUGGCAUUUACAACGUGGAAUGAAUUAGUAUUUACAAUAAUGUCUAACGUACUAAUAGGCGGCAUUGAGGGGGGUGCUACCCAUUCCCACGCUGUCAUAAUGAAUUCGGCUGGGAGUAUAAUGGCAAGUGCUUCAGGACUGGCAACAAAUCAUCAUUUAGUGGGUAUGAAGGAAUGUCAAAAAAGAAUAGCGGAAUUAAUAGAACGGACAAAAGUUGCAGCUGAAAUACCAAUAAAUACACCACUACAUGGCCUGGGUUUAAGUUUAAGUGGUUGUGAACAAGAAGAAACCAAUCAGGAACUGGCCUUGGGUUUAAAAGAGAGAUACCCCAAUUUAUCUCAGAAAUAUGUCGUAAGCAGUGAUACAGAAGGAUCUAUUGCAGCCACUUCUAACAACGGUGGGAUCACAUGUAUAGCUGGAACUGGUUCCAACACCCUUCUCAUCAAUCCAGAUCGAAGUAAAGUACAGUGUGGGGGAUGGGGAUAUUUAUUAGCAGACGAAGGAAGUGCUUUCAAGAUUUCCCAUCGGGCCGUAAAAUACUGUUUCGACGACUUGGACAACUUUGAAAAGGCUCCAUUUCCAAUAGACAGGGUUUGGCAAUUAGUGAAAGAACAUUUCAAGAUAAAAACCCAGGCGGACAUCCUCGACUCUUUCUAUAAGAACUUCGACAAAGCUCAUAUCGCGUCCGUCUGCAAGAAACUCGCUGAACUGGCGAGAGGCGGCGACGAACUAGCACUCUGUAUCUUUUCAGAAGCCGGUACAUUCCUGGCCAGGAACAUAAACGCGGUUAUACCCAAAGCCGCCCCAGAACUGAUGAACAAGGAAGGGGGAAUCCAUGUACUCUGUGUGGGUUCGGUGUGGUUAAGUUGGGAUUUACUUAGGUCUGGUUUUGUGAGUUGGAUAGAAAGUAAUACUAAAAUCGAAGAAAUGUCGCUCAUGCGACUGAAAACGGAAAUGGGUGUAGGAGCUGCUCUCCUGGCAUCUGAUAGGUUGAAUUUACCUCUAGAUCGGGACUAUUCUAAGAACUACACUAUUUUCUAUCCCUACAAAAGGGGUGUUUCUACCGUCAACAAUGGAUCCGCAUAAAUAAGUUCCCAGUGAUGGAUGUCAAUAAUAAAACAAAGGAUAAUUGCCAGUGAUAGAUUGUGAAUAUUAUUCAAACACCUUUGCAGUGAUGGGUUGUCUUUUCUAAAUUAUCUGAAACUAAAUUAAAUUUUAACAUUGUGUCAUAUUACAAUCAUUUAUUUUGUUAAUCAUCAAAAUUAGAUUACAGAAAAUAUCAAAAAUGGAAAAAUGUAUCAGCUUUGAAUUUUGUAGUUCAUGCAAUUUGGUUAACCUUUAUUAUAAUUAUUAUUCAUUGUUAGAUAUAUCAUUUUACAUUAAGACAUAAUUUAGUUCAGAAAAUUUUCAUCAAAUCAUACCUCUGUCUAUCUCAGUUAUAGACUUAUAUAACUUAUAUAUCGAAUUAUAUUUUGUUCUAUCAAUUAUGGUUAUAAAUAUUUUUGAUAAAAUUGCAUUAUAAUCUAGACUUUAUAUAAAAGAUUCCUAUUCAUCCAACAGUUUAAAGUGCCCUCAAAUUUUAUUUCAUUUGACCUCGUUCUGUUUUUUUUUUAAUAAAUAAUGUUAUUUU